AUGAGGCGUCCUAUCAGCAGCAACCUCUCGGGAUUUACCGACACGGGACCCAUCGAGAAUGUAUGCUUGCUCGCCUCUGCGCUUUCGCUCAAACCGCGCGGAUGGAUCCGGGACCAGCUGCAGCUCGAGGCUGACGGCCUGGCCGGCCGCAUGUUGGACUUUUACCGCUUCGUAAACGACUCGCAGUGGCUUGGCGGCAGUUCCGAGUAUUCCGUGUUGAACGAGGCGUCUCCGUACUGGUUCAAUGGGCUCGUGCCAUUGGCCUUCAGCCUGGAGGACGACGACGGCAAUACAGCUGCGGCUCGGAUCCGCACUCAGGUUCGCCAGUACCUCGACUACGUGCUCGACCACCAGCAGCCCGACGGCUGGCUCGGCUUCGAGACCACGCACCAGACCCGUGGUCUCUGGGCCCGCUGCCUGCUGCUGCUGGGGCUAAUGCAAUACGCAGACGCCGAUCCGGCACAGACAGACCGUAUCGUCGAGGCCAUGCAUCGCUACGUCGUUCUGGCCCACAGCAUGUUGCAGGACAACUAUACCGGCCUGAUCGUGCACGACGACGACGUCUUUGACACGGCCGGCUUCGGCGUCGCCCGCACGCACGAGAUGCACAUCCCGCUGCAGUGGCUAUACGAGCAGCACUCCCACGAUCACCAGCAGCAGCAGCGCCUGUGGGAGACCAUGGAGCUCAUGGUGGCUGGCGGCGAGCUCUGGGGCGCCGACUGGCGCCAGUUCUGGGUCGAAACCGCCUUUCCAGCCGUGCUGGACAACGACAGCCCCUAUAAUCUCAGCUGGGUCUUUACCCACGGCGUGAACAUGGCUCAGGGCCUUCGAUAUCCUCUGUCCAUAUAUCGCAUGACCGGAGACGAGGCCCUGAAAGAGCAGACUCGCACGGCUCUCAACCUGCUAAGCCGCUACCAUCGAUCACUGGCCGGCUCCAUCGUGGCCGACGAGAUCAUCACGAAUCUGAACCCCAGCCACGGGGCCGAGCUGUGCACGGCCGCCGAGAUGAUGUUCUCGACCGCUUGGAUCUACCAGCAGAUGGGCGACAACGACGUGGCCGACUGGGCCGAGCAGGCUGCCUUCAACGCACUCCCGGCUUCCAUCUCACCCGAUUGGUGGUCGCACCAGUAUGUCCAGCAGGAGAACCAGCCCUGGGCGAGAAACCUGACCGAAGGCGCGGGUCUGUGGACCGAUGUCAACACAUAUGGUAACGUGUUUGGCCUGGAGCCUGAUUAUCCCUGCUGCACCGUCAACCAUCCGCAAGCAUACCCCAAGUUCCUCGCCAAUGCCUUUGUGCGCACGCAGGACGGUGGCCUCGCCCACGUCUUCCUGGUCGCCGCGCUCGUCAACACCACCCUCGAUGACGGCACCCACGUCUCCGUCCGCGUCGACACGCACUAUCCUUUUGCACUGGACCUGACGUACACUGUGACAGCUUCGGCGCCCUUUUUUCUCUACGUUCGCAUCCCGACCUGGGCCGAUGCAUCGAAGAGCACUGUCCGGAUACAACACCGAAGAUGGGGAACUGAUGGCCACAAGACUGAGACGAUACAAAGUCUCUUCUCACCCUACCCAGGCCUCCACCGACUGUCUGUUCCGGGAGGUAGUGGUACCGCUGUCUUCACCGUCGAGCUCGCCACGCAGCUGCGCAUCGUCCGUCGCGCAAACCACACCGCCGCCCUCUACUACGGUCCGCUGCUCUAUAGCCUCGCCAUCGACCACACCACCACCUCCGGACCGCCCCGUCACUAUCGCCAUGCAGACCAGCUGCUUCCUGGAUCCACCGUUCACGACCACACGCACGACCACGUGCUAGAGCCGACGAGUUCGUGGAGCAUCGCCAUCGACCCGUCGCAGGUUCGUGUCAUCCAGCAUCCGGUGGCCGGCGACUUGGCCAACCCCGUCUGGACGCUCGGCGCUCCGCCCGUUGAGCUGUGCGUCGCUGCCGUCGAGAUCGAAUGGCCGCUCGAAUACGACUCACCCGCUGCACCGCCCACAAUCCCGGAACCGGUGGCCGGCGCUGUGCCGUUCAGUGCGCGCUUCGUGCCCUACGGGAGCGCCAAGCUGCACAUGGCCGACUUUCCAGUGAUGGUACUGCCGAAAAUCGAGUUGAAGUAG